GUGUGGUUCGCUUCCCACUCACUCUGUCACUCACACUCUCCAUAUAUAACACGCGGGAUACCUUAACCCUCCCUCACUCCUCCGUCCGUCCGGUCCAGCACGGCCACUCUCCGCUGUCCAGUGCCCACUCUCCCUCCUCCACCCCUAAACCCCGCCCAGAUCUUCCGCGCCUGCCAAAAGCAUGGCGCCUUGGUCGCCGCGGCCCGUGCUGGUGCUCGUCCUGCUCCUCGCCCUCCUCUGCUCCCACAUUGCGCUCUGCUCCUCCGCCGAGUCGGGGAAGCCCAAGGCCAAGGCCUCCGGCGGCCGCAAGGCGCUUUUGGCGUCAUCCGCGGGCGACGACGGGGAGGAGGUGGCCGCGGUCAAGCCGGCCAAGACGGCCGCGGCGGGGAAGAUCAAGAAAAAGCUGGUCUCUGACGCCAAGAACCAGACCAGGGUUGCGAAGGCCAAGAAGCCGGAGUCGGCUGCCACGGCGAAAGGGACCACUAAGAAGACCACCGGUAAAGCUGCUGCUGGUGGGGACCUGGCCAUUGCCAAGGCCAAGGUUCCGAAGGUGGACAAGGCGGCGGCCACGAAAGCCAAGGGCGCCGAUUCGGCCAAGCCUGCGAAGGUUUCGAAGACGGGCGCUGCGAAGGCGGUGAAGCCGGCAAAGACGGCGAAAUCUGAGGCUGCCGCCGCCGCCAAGGUCAAGAAACCGACCAAUUUGACCGCGGAUGCCGGAGCCAAGCCGGCCAAAUCCGGGAAAAAGGCGCAGGUGAUCACCGACGGGAAGGCGAGCGCGAAGGUGAAUGCGACCGUGAGCAAGGAGGCGGUGGCGGCGGAGGUCGAGGAGGACGUGGUGUUCGCGGAGGAGGCGGAGGGGACGGACGACCUCAUCUCCGAGUUCCGGGGGCUCCCCUCGCGGCUUCAGGAGACGCUCAUGCCGGACCUGGCGCGGCUGUCGCACCAAUCCAAGGCGUACCUGUCAGCGGCGAACGCGGGGAUCGCCGACGGCGUGCGGCCGAUUUUAGGCGGCAGGUGGGCGGCGGCCGCCGCGUCCACGGCGUCGGUGGCGCUGCUGCUGCUGCCGCUGUGCAUGCUCACGGCGCUGGUGCGGCGCAUGGGCCCCUACCUGCCGCUCCUCCACCGCGCGCUGCUGCUGGCGCAGGCGUACCUCGCCAUCUACUUCGCGACGCUCGCGCUCGCCGCCGCCGCCACGGGGCUCGAGCCGCUCCGCUUCUUCCACGCAGCCUCGCCGGCCGCCUACGCCUGGACGCAGGCCGCGCAGUCGCUCGGCUUCAUGGGAUACCUCGUGCUCCAGAUGGUGGACCUCGUCGCCGUCUUCUCCGGCGCCGCCUCCCCCGAGGAGGACGGCAACGGGGACGCCACCAAGGCGCUGGGCCUGGCGCAGAUGGUGGUGGGGCUGGCCGUCGGCCUGCACUACUACGCAGCGGUCUUCCACCGCGCCGCGUCCGGCGAGGCCCCGCGCGCCAACUGGCGCGUGUACGCCGUUUACGCCGCCUGCUUCGUCAUCGUCUGCGCCUGCGCGCGCGCCGAGAGGAGGAAGAAGGCCUACCUCGCCGGCAGCGGCGACGGCGCCGCGGAGGAGUGGAAGAAGAGCUGAGGGGCAUAUGUGAAAAGUUUACAAUAUGGUGGAAGCCAAAGGGCGUGAGUGUAAGACGGUCUAGAAUUUAGGAAGGAGGAAAAGGAGGAUAUAAAAGGAAAAGAAGAAGGGGGAAACUGUCAUUUUCUUUUUUUCAUUUUCUACAUUUAUUUACGUUUCCCCCUUUUUCUUGGUUUGAGUACAGGGGAUAAACUCAUAAUGGGGCAAAAUAAGGAUUCUAUUAUUGACAAUGUUAUUACUCCAUAAGGAAUUAUUGUGCCCGGUGGGGAAAAUCUCCCCGAGGUGACACGCCAAUGUACAAGUCUGUCAAAAAAAAAUGGAGGUGUGCUUUGGGUGGUGUUUGUUCA